AUGGGGCUGUCGUUCGGGACGCUGUUCGGGGCGCUGUUCGCCAAGAAGGAGAUGCGGAUCCUGAUGGUCGGCCUCGACGCCGCCGGGAAGACCACCAUCCUGUACAAGCUCAAGCUCGGCGAGAUCGUCACCACCAUCCCCACCAUCGGGUUCAACGUGGAGACAGUAGAGUAUAAGAACAUCAGCUUCACUGUUUGGGAUGUUGGUGGCCAGGACAAGAUAAGGCCUUUGUGGAGGCACUACUUCCAGAACACUCAGGGCCUUAUCUUUGUUGUUGACAGCAACGACAGAGACCGUAUUGCUGAGGCAAGAGAUGAGCUCCACAGGAUGCUGAAUGAGGAUGAGCUGCGCAAUGCUGUAUUGCUUGUUUUUGCUAACAAGCAAGAUCUUCCCAAUGCCAUGAAUGCUGCUGAAAUAACAGAUAAGCUUGGUCUACACUCUCUGCGUCAGCGACACUGGUAUAUCCAGAGUGCUUGCGCCACAAGUGGAGAGGGUCUAUAUGAAGGGUUGGACUGGCUCUCCAACAACAUAGCCAGCAAGUCCUGA